AUGUAUGAUGCUUCGACCGAUCCGGAAGACCACCUUUCGGUCUUCCUGACGCACAUGCGUCUGCAAACAGCUGCGGAUGAGAUCUGCUGCAAGACCUUUCCCAUGUUCUUAAAGGGGAAGGCUCGGCUCUGGUUCCAAGGCCUGGCCCCAGGGUCUAUCCGAAAUUUCCCUGAACUGGCCAGGCAGUUCGUAGCCCAGUUCGUCUCCUCGAAAACUUACUCGAAGAAUGCGACCCACCUAAUGGCUAUCAGGCAGAGGCCUGACGAGUCCCUGAGAAAUUUCAUGACCCGCUUCAACGCGGAGAGUCUACAAGUCAGGGACAAAGACGAAAAGGUGAUCAUGGCCGCCUUCGUGAAUGUGCUCAGGGUAGAGGAGCUCUUCUACAAGCUGGCCGAGAAGCCACCUAAGAACCUGGAGGAGCUCCUGACCAGGGCACAUGCGGCCGCUAAUGCGGAGGAGGCGGGCCGUCUGAAGAAAGAGUCAGAUCGGGAGCUCGGAGAUCGGAAGGGACGGACAAACCCCCCAGAGGGCAAGGAUGUUCCGGCCAAGAAAAACGUCUUUGACCGGCUCUCGAGGGAGAAAGCCCCUGCUCCGCCGCCACUCCCGGAGAAAGGCUACACCCCCCUAACACGGCCAAGAGCCCAGAUCUUGGCUGUUAUGGAGGCGGAAGGGCUGGGAGAUCGGUCGCCCAAGAUGGGGACACCUCGGAACAAAAGGGACCAGGACCGGUACUGCGCCUUUCACCGCGACGUGGGACACGACACGGAGGGAUGCUGGGCCCUGCGGAGGGAGAUUGAAGAUCUGAUCCAACGCGGUUUCUUGGGACGGUUCGUGCGGCAAGGUCGUUCCGGCCAGGAGCCCGGACGCACCUGCCGCGGGGAUUGGGGUGAAGGCCAGCGGCGCCACCGCCCUGAGCGGCGUGACGAGCGUCGGGGUCCUUCCCCCGACCAGGACGCCCAGAACCUGGCUGGAGUGAUAAACACCAUCGCCGGAGGCCCCACCGGGGGGGACAGUCACACAGCCCGGAAGAACAGGCGACCUCCCCCCGAGAAGGAUGACUCCCUGAAGCGACUGCGCAUGGACGAGGAGAUCACUUUCGGACCUAGGGAUGCGGUUCCCCUAGCGUCCGGGAACCAUGAGGCCAUCGUGAUAGACAUUGUCACCAACAACUACCGGGUGAAAAAGGUGUACGUCGACCAAGGGAGCGCGGUUGACAUCAUGUUCUAUCGGGUGUUCAAGGAGCUCGGCUUGGAGGACGGGCAGCUGACCCCAGUUCGGACACCACUGAUGGGCUUCACCGGACCCCCCAUCAACCCGGAGGGAAUGAUCACCCUGAUGGUCACGAUAGGGCAGGCCCCCAAAUGCCGGACCAUCCCUGUCAACUUCGUCGUGGUGAAGCAGCAUUCUCCGUACAACGUGUUCCUGGGUCGGCCUGCCUUGAACGCUCUCCGAGCUAUCCCCUCAACGCUCCACCUCAGCGUCAAAUUCCCCACUCCGGGAGGAAUAGCCGAGGUACGCGGUGAUCCAGAGGUGGCCCGAGCUUGCUACCUGGCCAUGCUUCAAGGACGGGAGAAGGUGGUCGCCCAGACGACCUGCCUGGAACCCUACAUUCCAGGGGAGGAAGCUCGGCAGUUGGGUACCCAGGACGAGAUAGAGGAGUUCCCCUUGAGGGAGGACCGGCCCGACCAGGUAAUCCGCAUUGGCAAGCUACUGCCCCCUGAGGAGAAGAAGGAUUUGAAGGCCCUAUUGAGGGAAUACUCCCAGGUCUUCGCCUGGUCGGUUGAUGACAUGCUCGGGAUCCCGACCGACCUUGCAGUCCACCACCUCAACGUGGAUCCCCGCUUCAAGCCGGUGAAGCAGAAGAAGAGGAGUUUCGCCCCAGAAAGGAAUGAGGUGAUCAAGAAGGAGGUCGGGAAACUGCUGGAGUCCUAG